AUGUACACGGUAAUCUGCACUCUAGGAUCAAGCGCCCAGUGUAAAAUACGACAGUGUUCUCUAUGCCAGAGGGACACAGAAUUCUACUGUAACACGUGUAAACAUGAUCUAUGUCUACAGUGUAAAGAGAAGCAUGUUAUUGAUCUUGAUACAAUGUACCAUGAUGUUGUGAUUUACUGUGAGAAAUUUCAAUACAUCCCAAUUCAAAAGACUUGUGUGAGACAUCCAAUAAGAAUUUCUGAAAACUUCUGCUAUUCCUGUGAACUUCCAAUUUGUGGCCAAUGUGAAGAACACAGAAAUCACAACAUUUUAUUAGACUUUGUAAAAGAAUAUCAAACAAAACGUAAACAACAUAAAGAAAUCAUUCAGAACAUCAGAAGUGAGACUAUUUAUAACAACUGUUUUCUCCUGGCAACCAUUAAAGCUGAUAUUAAAACUUGCCACAAUGAAAUCUCUAAGUUUCAGUCAGAAAUGUCAAAGAAAGCACACAUAAUAACUGACGUCAUUUAUUCUGUGAUAUGUUCUUUAAAUGAAAGUUUUAUCUGUAGAGUAAAACAACAGAUAGAAAAAAUGCACAGACACCUAGCCAGAAUUGAAAACUGCGAACACAAAUUUGAACAGUUUACACACAGACAAGUAAAAUUACUCAAAUUCCUAAAGAAAGCACGCAUCUUCAAGAAAGAAGAGAGUCCUAAUACAUCACAAAUUGUCCUAACUGAUGAUAUCCACAUUGAGGUUGUGAAAAGGGUACUGAAUGCAAUCCAAAUAACAGAGAGAGGAAAAAGAAAAAUUAAAAAUGAAUCUGUCCUGAAACUGAUGUAUACAUCCGUGUUACACAGAAAUUUUACAGUGACAGGUGUUGGUGAUGUAUAUCACAUUUCACGUGUUACAUCAGAUUUGUUAUGGAUCAGUGAUUACUGGGAUGAAAAUGUAAUUCUGACAAACACAGCAGGUGACAAUCUGCAUCAUUUACCAGAUAUACCUGGUAGUUAUGGAGGUAUACACACAGUAAAUAGUAAAGGUGAUCUUAUAUAUAUAGAUAGGUAUCACUGCAUUAACAAACUAUCUAAAGGUAAAAACGAAAACUCAACACUGAUAGAAAUAAAGAAACCAUGGAAACCCCUGUCUGUCUAUUACUCCAAGUCGAAUGAAGAUUUUCUGGUGGGAAUGAGAAAUAUUAAUUCAAAGACAGCCACGAUCAACCGCUACAGUAAAACAGCGGAACACAUACAGACAAUAGAACAAAAUAACACAGGUCAAAAACUCUAUAUGUAUCCAAGAUACAUCACAGAAAACUGCAAUGGAGAUGUUAUUGUGGCCAAUUACCUUUCAAUUCAUCGCGGUGUUGUUGUGGUGACAGACAAUGGAGGAAGACAUCGAUUCUCCUAUACCGGACCUCCAUCAGGAACAGGACUUCAACCACGAGGGGUAUGUACAGAUGCGCUGUUAAAUAUCCUGGUGUGUGACGAGAACACAAAAGCAGUCCAGAUGAUUGACAAAGAUGGCCAUUUCCUCUUAUUGUUGCUUACAGAAAGCGAAGGGGUACACAAACCACGAAGCCUGAGUUAUGAUGAUGAAACAAAUCUUCUUUGGGUCGGAUCGUUAAACAGCAAUAUUAUUUCUGUAUACAGAUACGUAAACAAACAGGAAUAUCUAACUGGUGAUUAUAAAAGGCUACAGAACUUAAUUGUACGGAAAUGA